UCCAAACUGCAAAAGACCCCUCUGCGGGGUUGGCUGCUCCUGAUAUCCUCCUUCCCGAAGACCAGCACCACGGCACGUCGGUACCAGCCCCGCCGGCGUUUGCUCGGCCGUCCUCCGCCGCGCAAUACCAGGCCGAGUGCCGCGGCGAUGCCGUCCGUAUCCGCCUUCGCUUCCUCAUCCUCGGCACUGCUGCGCGGCCCCCCCGCGCGGGUCCGGCGCCUCCUCGUCGCAGCCGCGACGCGCGCGCACAGCAGCGCCGCAGGCGGCGGGAGCCGCGCUCGCGGUGGGCUGCCGCGGUUCCACACUCCUUCUAUCCCCUCUUCGAAGGGUGAGGUGGUCCGCAUCCAAGGAGACGAGUUCUGGCACAUGACAAGGGUUUUGCGCCUUGGAGUCAAUGACAGGGUUGACCUAUUUGAUGGAGCUGGCGGUUUAGUUGAAGGAUCCAUAACGAAAGUUGACAAGGGUGGCUCGGAUGUUGAGCUAUUAGAGGAUGCUAGGCUUAUAGCUCCUCAAGGAAUCCAAUGGCAUGUCUUUGCUGCUUUUGGGACACUGAAGGGUGGACGUGCAGAUUGGCUUAUAGAGAAAUGUACUGUAUGUUACUUGCAAUUUGGGUGUUCUGCUUCUUCGUUGUGUACUUCUAAGUCUGUACCCCUCUUCUGACUGAACGGUGUCACACUAUAGCAGAAAAUAGGGUGGACAGGUUGCAACGUCUUGUGUUGGCUGCAGUUAAACAAUGCCAGAGAAUACAUGAAAUGUCACUGAAGCCACCGAUUCAGAUAGGCAAUCUUCUACCUGUUGUGUCACAGUCAAAGCUUAUGUCGGUACCCUGUAACA